AUGGGUAAUUCCAUCUCGCACAAGCAAUUACAUGCCAGCGCCACCGGAAAAGUGAUAUUAUCGGAUGGGUCGGUGCAUCAGUUCAACAAGCCCCUAACAGUUGCUGAGCUCAUGCUAGAGCACCCACAACAAGUGGUUAUCGAAUUCGGAGCGGCUGUCUCCGAAAAAAGGCCAACCCCAUUGCCUGCAGAUAUGAAGCUAGACAAGAAAAAUAUUUACUUAAUGCUGCCAAUGAAGCGAGGGAAACCAGUCUCCUUGUCAUCCCAAGAGAUUCACGGUGUUGUUUUAAGUGCAAAUUUGGUUUUACGAUCAAGGUCACUAUUGUCAUCUUCAAGGUUUUUACCUUUCUUUGCUAGGAUAUGCCCAGCAGGCCAUCCUGGACAAGCUUGUGCUCUGCCAAACAAGGAAUCUUGUGCGGAGAGGACGUCGAAUUCGAAGUACAUGCCACAGUUUGAUCUGCCGGAAGAUUUGGACGCGAGACCAGAAUAUUUGAGUAGGCAGUUUUCAGGCAAGGGUACUUGGAAACCAAAUUUGGAUACCAUUAAGGAGAAGAAGGUUGACAAGAAGAAAUCUCAUUGGUUAUUUUGA